CUUUCCUCCCGCGGUUUACGGCGCGGCCGGCGAAGAGUCUGAGAGGAGAGUCAGAGGCGGAGGAGGAGGCGGGAGGGCUGGAGGCGGAGGCGAAGCGGCGAAGGAGCAGCCACCGCGGCGGGAACCGGAGCGGAGAUGCCGGCCAAGAAGCAGAAGCUGAGCAGCGACGAGACAGCAACCCUGGAGACCUCUCCGGAUUUGCAGGAUGACGCUGUAAGCAUAGAGAGCGGAACUAACACAGAGCGUCCCGACACUCCCACAAACACACCCAAUGCUCCGGGAAGAAAAAGCUGGGGGAAAGGCAAAUGGAAGUCCAAGAAAUGCAAAUAUUCCUUCAAAUGUGUAAACAGCCUAAAGGAAGAUCAUGGUCAGCCAUUGUUUGGGGUACAGUUCAACUGGCACAGCAAGGAAGGUGAUCCCCUGGUAUUUGCCACUGUUGGCAGCAACAGAGUUACUCUGUAUGAAUGCCACUCCCAAGGAGAGAUACGUUUAUUGCAGUCCUAUGUGGAUGCUGAUGCAGAUGAAAACUUUUAUACUUGUGCUUGGACCUAUGAUAGCAACACAAGCCAUCCCCUUUUGGCUGUUGCUGGAUCUAGAGGCAUUAUUAGGAUAAUUAAUCCUAUUACAAUGCAGUGCAUAAAGCACUACGUGGGCCAUGGCAAUGCAAUCAAUGAACUGAAAUUUCACCCCAGGGAUCCAAAUCUUCUUUUGUCUGUAAGCAAAGAUCAUGCACUAAGAUUAUGGAACAUUCAGACAGACACUUUGGUGGCAAUAUUUGGAGGUGUGGAAGGGCACAGAGAUGAAGUUUUAAGUGCAGAUUAUGACCUGCUUGGUGAGAAAAUCAUGUCUUGUGGCAUGGAUCACUCAUUGAAACUCUGGCGAAUCAAUUCAAAGAGGAUGAUAAAUGCCAUCAAGGAAUCCUAUGAAUACAAUCCCAACAAAACUAACAGACCAUUUGUUUCUCAAAAAAUCCACUUUCCUGACUUCUCUACCAGAGACAUACAUAGGAAUUAUGUAGACUGUGUGCGAUGGCUUGGAGACCUGAUACUUUCCAAGUCUUGUGAAAAUGCCAUUGUAUGCUGGAAGCCUGGCAAAAUGGAAGAUGACAUAGAUAAAAUUAAACCCAGCGAGUCUAAUGUGACCAUUCUAGGGCGGUUUGACUACAGUCAGUGUGAUAUUUGGUAUAUGAGGUUUUCAAUGGAUUUCUGGCAAAAGAUGCUGGCACUGGGCAAUCAAGUUGGCAAACUGUACGUUUGGGAUUUAGAAGUAGAAGACCCUCAUAAGGCCAAGUGUACCACUCUUACGCAUCCAAAAUGUGCUGCUGCCAUUCGACAAACCAGCUUCAGCAGAGACAGUAGUAUCCUUAUAGCUGUAUGUGAUGAUGCGAGCAUCUGGCGCUGGGACAGGCUCCGAUAAGUGACUUGCAUCUAAGAAUAAUACUGGUUGUUGUGCCAAGAUAUUUAAUUUGCUAUCAUUGUAACUGCUUUGAGAGUAGUCCUCUCCUGCUUCUGUGAACAGUUGAGCUUAGUGUUUACAUUUGCUUUUGGUAUUGCUUUUUAAUAAAAAUAAAAAAUA